ACUGGGGCUCUGGAUGACCACUGCUGCAGCCUGAAGGCUCAUUUCCUGGUCUCUUACCCGGCAGCAUUUUUCUCCCAGUUUAAACAACGGAUACAUAGACAAACAACUCUUCCUGACUCCUUUUCCAACAGGCUUUAAGAAAACCGAAUCGGAGCAGAAAGCUAAACGCAAGGGAAGGUGACAAAAGACAAUGUCGCAUAACACUUACAAUAAAAUAUGGGCAGAAGCCCAAGAAUCUCUCAACUGCUUGUUGCAAAAGGAGAUUGAAGAGAAGUCCCCAAAACCACUGAAAGACCGCCUGUUAAUUUUUCAGAUGCUUGCUACUUUCUACAUCAAAUAUGUGCAGAUAUUUCACAACUUAGAAUCUGCUUAUGACCAGAUUGUUCACCCACAAAAGCGCUUAAUUAUUCGUCAAGUUCUGGAUGGUGUAAUGGGCCGUAUCUUGGAAUUGAAGAAUGAAAUGGUAGAAUUGGAAUACUCAGAAUACCAUUACUUUGAUGACAUUUUACAGGAUCUUAAAUUAUCCCCUGAUAGCAUUGAAAUCCCUAUCCCAAGGUACUUUAUCAAGGAGAAAAUUAAAGUAUUAAAAGAGAGAGAAGGAAUACUUGCUCAGAUCAUGUUAGAUGCCGGAAUGUAUGAAGAUGAACCUAAAAAACCUGUGAAGGUCAUGCUUUUAGAAGAAGCUGUAAGAGUAAUUCAAAUAGCUGAGCGAGCUCGGCAGGGCCGACUCAGAGCUACAUUCAUGAAGCAAAUCUUUCUUGAAGAAAAGAGAGAACGAUUAGCCAGGCUUCAGGGUACAAAAGGUCCAGAUGUUGAAACUGCUGCAAUGUGCAUUCAAAGGAUUUGGCGUGGACACACCCAGUGGAAGAAAACUUUGAAAAUUAGAGAAGAAGAAAUGGUAUUUCUAGGCAUGAUCCCACCGCCCCAUUUCCAGAGACCUAGUGCUUCAUUAUUACGUGCCCAGAAAGUUGAUACUUUAAGGUGUGAAAUUCAGGAGAAAUAUGAAUCAGACUUCCAGAAAGCUCUAGUAAGCAUCAAAGAGCGAGUGAAAGAAAUUGAAGGACCAGACAUCAAAGAAACCCUCCAAGAUCAGAUCCGCCAGUGGUUUAUUGAAUGCCGGCACAUUACAGGAAAAUUUCCUGAUUAUCCUGAUGAAGAACAAGGUGGCUCAGCAGUUCUUUUUUCAGAAAAAACUCCAGAAGAGGUUGCUGCUGAGCUAGCUGCUAAAGCAGAAGAAGAACAGAAAAAGAAAGGGAAAAAGGGGAAAAAGGAAAAAAAAGAAAAGGGCAAAUCGAAGAAGAAAGGAAAUGAGAUAGAAGAAAAGAAACCAAAGAAGAAAGAUGAGGAAGAAGAGGAAGGUUGGAAAAUGUCCCCAAGUAAUUUUCUCCCAAUAAUGGAAGAAGGAAACAACAAAUACAAAGAUAUUUGGAAGAACAGAGACGAGAAAUGGAACUUUUCACAAGAGUAUGAUCCAGAACUAAUCAAAGAAGAAAAAAGGAAAGAAGUAGAAGAAGAGAUCAGAGUUCAGGUUGAUGAGUUAAUGCGCCAGGAACUGAAGAAUCUAAAAUUAGCUGUGGAUAGAGAGACUGAGAAAACUGGGGGAAAAGGGAAAAAGGGAAAGAAAAAGAAAAAAGGGAAAAAAGGAGGAAGAAAGAAAAAGUCAAAGAAGGAUAAAGAUCUAACAUCUGAUCGGACCAUUGAUUCUCUUUACCAAGAGCUGGUAGAAGAAGGAAUAUUAAUAAGAAGUAAAAAAGUAAAACUCAGUGAUUAUGUUGGUGAAUACAGCUAUCUGGGGACUACACUUCGACAGGUAGACGUAGAACCAAUGCCUUCUCUUACAGAUGUGAAGCAACUUAUAGUCCUGUAUGGAAUAUUGCCAUUAGGUUCUCAAUCUGUCCAUGAGAAAGCUCCUCUAGUGAAAACCUUGCUUUUGGUUGGCCCUGUAGGAGUAGGGAAAAAAAUGCUUAUUCAUGCUCUGUGCACGGAAACAGGAGCCAACCUGUUCAAUUUAUCUGCAGCAAAUAUUUCUGGUAAAUAUCCUGGCAAGGCUGGUCUUCAGUUGAUGCUACAUAUGGUUUUUAAGGUUGCCAGACAGUUACAGCCUUCAGUUAUAUGGAUUGGAGAUACAGAAAAAACAUUCUACAGAAAGGUACCUAAAACUGAAAAAGAGAUGGAACCUAAACGUUUGAAAAAACAACUUCCCAAAAUUUUGAAAACUCUAAAAAUUGAAGAUCGAAUUUUAAUCAUUGGAACCACUAACCGGCCAUUUGAUGCAGACAUCAAACCCUUCUGCAAAGUUUAUAAGAAAAUAAUUUUGGUGCCGCGGCCAGACUAUGCUUCAAGAUUUGUUUUAUGGAAACACUUCAUUCAGCAAAAUGGAGGGUUUCUCUCCAAACAACUAAAUAUUAGUUGCCUGGCACAGGUUUCUGAUGGUUAUGCUCAGGGACCAAUUCUCCGAGCAGUUCAAGCAGUCCUAACUGAAAGACGCCGAAUGCAGCUAAGUAAGAAGCCACUGACUGCUGUUGAAUUCCUAACUUGCCUAGCAAGACAGGAUCCAGUGUAUAAAGAAGAGGAAGAAACAUUUAAGGUUUGGUAUGCAAAGACUCCUCUAGGAAAAGCACGAAUCAAGUCACUGACAGAGAAGGAAGAUACUGGAAAGGGGAAAGGAAAAGGAAAAGAAAAAGACAAGGGAAAAGAAAAGGAUAAGGGGAAAAAGAAGGAAGGCAAAAAGACAAAAAAAUAAAAAUAGUCAUUGUAGUUAUAUUAUAAUUUAAAGGAGAACCUUUUCUUGGAAUGCAAGUUUUUUAUCUGAUUCCAGUAAGCAGAUCAUAUGUAAAAGUACUCUGAAAAACAUAGGACAAAACAUGUGUAUGACAUUUAGUUCCUUCAAACCACUGCAUUUUUCUUUUAUUAUUUAAGCUAUUUUAAAGUUACAUAGAUUUAGAUAUGAUUUAUCAGUUUUAAAAAUUUAGUAAUUGAAAAUCUGUCUACGAUUGUUAAGUCACACAUUUUACAGUAUUUAUGCUUAUGAGCUUUGCCCAGUGAGAAAGCGACAUAUCUAUUCAAAUUAAUCCCUAUAUAACUUAGAAGUGGUUUAUUUCUUCUUUUCCUAGUUGGACAUGAGAACUAUGUAAUAACCUAUUCCACUGGUAAUUGCAUGUAUCCUCUGUCCAGGUGGUUCAGAAGGAAUGGGAUACUUUUUUCCUUAGCUCUACAGGGAGUUGCAAGCGUGUGCAUAGA